UUGUCAAGCCAAUCUCACUCAGACCCAUAAUCGUUUCCAAAAACACUCAAACUCCCGGCUCUUUUCCCUGCCCCAAUAAUGGCUCUUCUCGGCGACGACGGACGCGGCUACGACUUAGCUCGGCGGCUAGAAUCAUGCGGUGUCUGGCGAGCUUGGCUCGGCGAUUCCACCUACGCUUCUUUCAUCCAUUUCCUCUCGUCUCCUUCGGCUUGGGAAUCGUUCAUGCGAGUUGACGACUCGAAGUCUAGGUCUCAGAUCCAUCUCCAGCUCAGAGCUCGCGCCCUCUUGUUCGAUAAAGCCACCGUCGCUCUCUUCCUCAGAUCCAACUCUUCAAACCCCGCUAAUAGUUCUUCUUCUUCUUCAGUUGCCGUUUCAAAGCUUAAUCCGAACUAUUUGCAGCUGCACGGUGAUGACGUGUACUUUACUUUGGAGGGUUCCUUGCAGGAUGGUGGUGCUGCAGCUAAUGCGGCACCGUCAAAGUCUAAAUCAUCGUUUAGUGCUGGAUCAAGAUAUGGUGAAUCUGAAUUUGAUAGUUUAUCCCAGAGAUAUAGGAAAGAAGAACUGCCAGAAACGUGGUAUAAUCAAUUUAUUGAAAAGUAUAGACUUUCCAGGCCUUAUAAGUUGUUUUUGGGGGACCGAGAGUCUGAAAAACGUACACCAGAGGAGAUGACUACAUAUCUUAGAAUUGUUGAGAAGCAUAAGAGAAGACGUGUGGCAUUUCAGGAAGAUCAGUACAUGGGAUACGGAAGUACUGGUCUAGAAUCAAAUUCUGUUCUAGAUGGCAAUAACUCAGGCGAUGAUGAAAUCCCCUUUUUCCCUGAAAUAAUGUCUAUGAUGAACUGUGUACCUGAUAGUGCCCUUCCACCAGCUACCAGAGUGUGGGAUAAGAAGACAAUAGAAUUUUACGGAGUUCUUGAUACUCUACCCCAAGUUUCAACCCGGAGUCCUGUUAUGAUUGAGAGGCUUGGUAUAAGGCCUGAGUACCUCAACAUGGAACAAGGUGGAAACACACAUCGUGGGAAGAAUAACAGGAAGCUCCUUGGUCAGGAACAAGCAUCACAGAUGUCUCGAAAGGUCAUAGCACGGUUACUAAAUGGUGUUGGGUUUGAAGGUGCCACAGAAGCUCCAGUGGAAGUCUUCUCUCAGUUUCUCAGCUGUCACAUUUGUAGACUCGGUCGUAAUAUAAAAGUUCUUACUGAUAAUUACAGAAAACAAUGCUCAGCCAUUGAACUAAUUAGGAUGUUUCUUCAAACAUCAGGAUAUAGUAACUUUGGGACUCUAGCUGAACUUGUCAAGGAUAGUACCAGGAACGUAGUGCAACAAACUCCGCAACAAAUGCAUGGAAUCCAGUCACAAUUGCAGCCACAGCACCAAAAUGCUCUUCGAAUGGCUCAGCAACUACCGAUGAGACAAAUGCAUCCACAGAUGCAGCAAAUGGUUCAUCCACAAAAUUUAACUUUUCAGCAGCAGCAGCAGUUGGAAAGAAUACGUAGGCGCCAUCCAUCCACCCCUCGUCCUGUUAUGGAUAUGGAUAAAGACCGACCUAUGGUGCAAGUUAAGAUUGAAAACCCAUCAGAGCUGCCAAUGGAUAGCAAUGCCUUUAAUCCUAUCAACACCAGACAUCCACAAAUGCAGUUCCGUCAGCAGCAAUUUGCUGCAAUAUCAAAUCUGCAUGCUCAGCCCAGCAAUCAAUUCAGACAGUUGAUGUCUCCACAAAUUCAUCAAAUGCAAACACAGAACAUGGGUAUUGUUAGAGCUCCACCGGUGAAGGUUGAAGGUUUUCAGGAAUUGAUGGGUGGGGAUACCACCUUGAAGCAUGAUUCUGAGGAAAAUAAGCUGACCUCACCACCAAAUAAAUAGUUUUGCAAGGACAUUUGUCAGCGAGCAUAUGUAUCCCCAGUACCGGUUUCACCGAAAUUUUGGCUUUUUUUUGUUGUUAGAAAGGUAAGAUGUUACAUUUAUAUAUGAUCUAAUUUUACCUUGUGCAAUCAAGUGUAAAGUCUGAUGGCCAAAAAUACAAUUCUUGUUUGAGGAUUAACAAACUAUGGAAACGUCUGGUGCUGUGCAUAUUUAUAACAUAUUGAAAAUUCUUCCUAGAGAUCUGGUGUAUGUAGCAUUUAGAACGAAGCAAGGUCAGGGCAAAAUGAUCAGUCAAGUGUGUAACUUUGUUAGGGCAUAUUCAUCAUAUGGGCAAAUUUUCUGUUUUAUUUUUUCCUGA